AUAGAAUAUGUAUUAGGAUCAUUCUAUGUAAACUAUGUAUUAUGGGACCAUUGCAUGAAAACUCUGUUUUUUCGAAUCUCUCUUUUCUUACUGGUCGACACCUUAUGCGUAGGUUGCUCAGCCGCUACCACCAGAAAGAGGCCAUCGCCGGAUUCCUUUACUCCCUUGAAACUACCCGCACCCAUCAAAGAAGACCCUAGCGCUGGUGUUCUACCAACGCCUACUGCCAUCACCUUCGGCCGAACUCUGCAAACCGCUUGCAACCUGUUCGCCGCUGUUCACGGUGGGGUCGCGCUCUGCCUACCUCUUCUCCGGUAUCUCCCUGUUGCUUAUCUCCAUCUGGAUUGACCACGGCCGCCGGAUGCCCGGAUCUGCUGCUGAAGAUUGGAUGCAGCCAUAGGGUUGGCCGCCGUCGGGUCUGAUGACCGAAAUCAGAUCGUGGUCCCUUAGUGAGGACUGCAUCAGCUAUGAGGAUGAUUCAUGACGUUGCUGUACUCCUAGAAACCAUCCACGCUUGGUAUCCCUGCGAUUGAAUCUUCUAGGAAUUGAAGUGCUCCAUCGUCUGCAACUGUUGUCAAUGAAACAAUCGUUGCCCCCUUGUAUGAGCAAGAAACCAGGCAGAACCAUAGUCGAUGGAGGAAAUGAGUGCUAUGAGAACAAAGAACGUCAAAUCUCAGAUUAUUCAUCCAUCUCGGGCAAAGGUGUUUCCGACGGCGAGGGUGGAGCUAGAAACGGACCUUCCACCAUGCUCGGAUUCCAUGAUGGAGCUUGAAAUAGCCGUUCUUCCGUGCGCGGCGGUUCCCACCAUGCUUACCUCAAAUCCUCAAUGUAUGCGACAUCUUCGAAGCCGCACAGGUGGAGGUCGGCCCUUGUGUUACAUCAUAGGUGAAGGCGGGUGGGCAAAUUUUGCGUUUUCUUCCCUUCAUUUCUGGGUUUUCUUCUUUUUUGUUACGCGAAAUUAUUCGGAUCUUGGCUUACACAGAUCUUAGAAAUGAGAAACUAAUUUUUAUGUAAUGGGUUUGAAAAUUAUAUAUGUCUACUUUAUUCUGGAAAUUUGUUUGAGAGAAGAGCACUGGUAUGAACAGACAUCGUUGCCGAUACCCCGGUUCCCUCUUCACCGCCUUCUGCUUCAUUUCCCUCCCUCAUCCUACUGAAUUGAUGAGUGCGGAUGGGCCAGAUGGUCACAAGGAGAUUUUGACUAAUAUUACCCAAAUACCCUUUUGUCUUUGAACAAUUUUUUUUUUAAUCUGACGUGGUGUAUAUGUGGGUCACCAUACGUAUGAAGUUAACCGGCAAAUUUAUUGUUUACC